AUGACAUCCUUCCCCAAGUUACUUGGUCCUGAAAGUCCCCAGAUGGGAACUCAGUUUCUCUCUUCUGUCAGCAUCUGCUUUUCAGAUGAUUCAAUUCACCAAGCAAUCCAUGACAAGAAGAGACCCAAGAAAUUGGAAAUUCAAGCGUCCUUUGGGUUUGCUGUUCCUACUGAUGCUCUCUACGGACAAGUUGCGGCUCUUGAACUCGUCUCGCGUUGGAGCAGUCCUUGGAGUAUUUUUUCUCCGAAUUCUCCUCCGGUUAUUGGAUUUGGCGCUAGUCCUGUUAGCACUACUUUCAAUGGGCAAGAUGCUGUCCAUCGCGGGGCCCCAAAGUGGUCUGAUUGCUUUGAUCCCACUUUGAUCCAGCAGUACUGGCAGGGAGAUAGGAGUGUCCCUACUCAUAGUCUGGUGAUUUCCCUCAUUGGGUGA